AUGGAAGCGCUCCAGGACAAGAAAGUCGACUUCUUCUCGAUGGACAACAUGAAGCACAACGAAAAGGCCGUCGAGUACGUCCACACGGCCAUGUGCGUCGUCGCUGGCUGCAUCGCAGGCGUCUCGGGCAUGACGGGCCUGCAGGGGUUUGGCUUCCUCGCCCUCGCCGACGUGGUCACGGCCCUGGCGCUCUGGCUCGCGAAGCUCGGCCGGGACGUCCCCGUCUACUUCACCACGAGCACCUUUGCCUUUGUCUUUGCAGGUGUCAUGUCCCAGGCGCUGUCUUUCAUUCUCUUCUGGACGCUCGCGUACGGGCUCGUGCAUAUCUAUUGA